CUUGAUUUAGAAUCACUUACCAAAAAGACGUAGCCAUGAUCGGUUUAGUAGUUUUUCUCGCGUUUGCGUUGGCUGUCCAGGGGCAGACUACUAACAUAGAAACUUGCACACAACAUGGGGGAGAACUACCUGCUAACGCCUACAUAGACGGAUGUAGCAAUCCCCCAUGCGUAUUCCCACAAUUGCAAGAUGCGGUCAUCAAUUUAAUCUUCCAAGCACCUCGCCAGAUGGCCACCAUGCGUACCCUGGCGACAGCUUACGUGCCGUUCGGCUUGAUAACGCUACCGGUGCCCUAUCCCCUGGGCGACAACGCUUUGACCUGCAACUUCUUGACCAACUCCUUCUGCCCCGUGCUGGCAGGCGAGGUCCUGCAGUACACCUUGAAGAUGUUUAUUGAAUCGUCAUUCCCGGUGAAUACGGCAGCUACGAUCGAAUUCCGAGUGGUGGAUGAAUUCAACGUGCCAAUUAUUUGCAUCCGGGUUCCCAUCCUAAUCGCGCCGCCUGUCAACGCAAUUUCUGGAUCGUCUUGAAGUAUUAAAAUAGAAAUAGCCGGUUGCCUCAAAACCUGCCUCGUUUGGUUGGACUCGGCUGAGUGAAGCAAUCAUGAAUUAACUCAAAACAAUAUUUAUUGCGAAAAUCCUUAUAAAUAAUGUAAAAUGAAGCUACACUAUUUAUUCAAGGCCAUCUUGGCACCGCCUAAUAUAAUUGUACAUUCGCU